AUGGCGGCUGAACCCGCCGCUUAUCCUUUCACCGUGCAAGAUGCACAGACCGCUUCCCACACCUUCUAUAUUCACCCGAACGAGAGCCCCUCCACCGUUCUGGUCUCGCCGCCGCUCUCGGAGGGAAACUACCACAACUGGGCGAGGGCCAUGAAGAUGAGUCUCUUGACGAAGAACAAGCUGGGUUUUGUAGAUGGAUCGAUUGCAGAACCACCUCAAGAUCAUCCUGUGUCACCCUUCUGGCAACGUUGCAACAUGCUAGUUCUGAGCUGGCUCAUCAAAUCCAUGAGCGUGGAGAUCGCACAAUCGAUUCUAUGGCGUGACAAGGCAACCGACGUCUGGAAAGAGCUUCGUGAGAGGUUUUCACAAGCGGAUCUAUUCCGAAUUUCAGAGCUUCAGGAAGAAAUCUUCAGUCUGAAACAAGGUGAUAGUUUUGUCUCAAAGUUUUAUACAAGCAUGAAGACUCUUUGGGAUGAAUUAGACAUUUUGAAUCCUUUGCCUGUUUGUACCUGUAACCCUCGGUGUUCUUGUGGAGCGAUCAAGAAUAUCGAAGAAGAAAGGAACAAGAAUCAAGUGGUUCGGUUCCUUAAAGGCUUGAAUGAUCAGUUUUCAGGGGUUAGGUCACAAUUGAUGCUGUUGGAUACCUUACCCAAUGUGAAUCGUGUGUUCGCUCUCAUUGCUCAACAAGAAAGGCAAUUCUCUGCAGAAAACAUCUCUGGGUCUAAGGCGAUGAUGGCCUCAAGGGAAAGUUCACACGACAAUAGAGGAGGUGCAUCAACAUCGCAUUCAGGGAGUUCUCAAUCCCAAUCCAAUUCUGGGUAUCACAGUUCUCAGUCCAGUUCUGGAGGCUAUCAUUCCAAUUCAGGGGGGAAUAGGUAUUCCUCGAAGAAGUGUUCAUAUUGUGGGAAGAUGGGUCACACGGUUGAUGAUUGCUAUAAGAAGCAUGGCUUCCCACCAGGGUUCAAGUUCAAGAACCCAAAAUAUGCAAACAAGUCUGCCAAUUGUGUUCAUAUUGCUGAUGAUGAUCAAGACUCUGAGGGAGGAUCUUCAGGACAAGACACAAGAUUUGGGUUUACAGCUGAUCAGUAUCACCAUUUGCUUGCUCUUCUUCCAACCUCAGAAUCAAAGAGUUCCUCUUCACAACACACUGCAGUGUGA